GGUUAAUGAUUGUCAAUGAGCAGUACAGAAACAGUAGAAGAUCACAUUAAGAGCACAGAGAAGAAGAGUAAGAAACACGAAGGAAGGAGAGAUGGUCUAGAGGAGUUGGUAUUUGAAGCAUGCUCCUGUCCUCAGAGUGAGGGAGCAGUACUGUAACAGCCCACGUUACUGCCCAGGACAGCAUCUCUAAACACACAGCACAGUCCAUGGCUUCAGAUGGUACACACUCUGGACUGGUCACCCCAGACAAGGAUUCAUACUGCACAAUGUAUGAGAACACAACCUGCAACCCAAGAGUGGGGUACACAGCACAGUCCAUGGCUUCAGACGGUGUAUACUCUGGACUGGUCAACCCAGAUGAGAAUGUGUACUCCACAAUGGAUCAGAACCCACCCAGGAAGCCAGGAGUGCAUCAUAUACUGAAACAGGAGGUGACCUUUGAAAAGAUAAAGACAGCUGGACCUCCCUCAGCUCAGACAGCAGCUCCUUUUGGACCUCCAGUGAAAGCUAAGCCCAGCCCUCCUGCCUAUAGACUGGCUGCAGUGUGUCUGGGGUUGCUGGGUACUGCUCUAUCGAUUACCAUCAUAGCUUUCAUUGUCUACUAUAUUGAGAAUUCUCAGAACAUUUCUCAGUUAAAGGAUGAACUGGAUCACCUGAGAGAAAACUACAGCAACCUGUCUGUAGGCAAAGCGAAGUUACAGGAAGAAAAAGAAAAUCUCACAUCUGUGAUCACUAAGUUGAGAAAGCACUUUCCGGUGGAUUGGUACUGCAAUGUCUCAAACCAAAGCACACUAGAAGAAGACUGUAGACCUUGUCCUUGGGGCUGGGAGCUCUUCAGCACCAAGUGUUACUACUUCUCUACUGAUACACUGAGCUGGAAUGACAGUCGCACUGCCUGCAGGAAGCAGGGAGCUGACCUGGUGAUUAUAAACAAUAGAACUGAACAGGAGUUCAUCAGCAGUCAUACACAAGGAUGUGAAUACUGGAUGGGAAUGACUGAUGUAGCUGUAGAAGGAACCUGGAUCUGGGUGGAUGGAACUCAACUAACUGAAGGGUACUGGAGUGCUGGUGAACCUUAUAGUUGUGAGAAUGAAGACUGUUUGGCUACCACAUUAGGUGUCAAUGAUGUUAAAAAUUGGAAUAAUAUAAAAUGUGAAUCAUCAGUGCUCUGGAUCUGUGAAGGCAGCUCCCUGCCCCUGUCUCCUUAGACUCUCCGCUGUGUGCAGCCACUGCAGCUUCCCAUGGUGACGACUACAGCUGAGUGACCUGUCUGUGUCACUGACACACCUGCCCUGACACCCACACUCUCACUGAGGCUGCUUAAGAAACUGCUGUUUUAAAAUGUCACCUCUACCUCCGUUUCCAGUCACACUUGUCUUUUUACAACAGGAAAGAUCAAACUUUAUGUUCAAUAUGAUCUUUGCUUUGAAUUUUGAUUGAACAUUUUUAUACAUGUAUUUUUAGAAGUAAAGCAAAAUUCGGGGUUGUGUUGAAGGGGUAUUACUGUCCUGCUUGAUCCUGGUUUUUGCCUAAACGAAUCAAAAAGGACAAGAUGUUUGAUUUACUGUAUUAUUUUAGACAUUUGUCAGGAUGAAUCAUUUUACAUUUGUGGGUUUUGCACCGAUACCUUUCGAUUUAUUUAGUACAAGAGCUGUAACUUUACAAGUGUCUUUAUAAAUAAAA